AUGGGCUGCUUCUGUUCGAAGAUCCAUCCCAAUGUCGAGGUCGACUUCAUCACCAUCCAGGUCGCGAGGGUGACCGCGUGCAAGGAGAACAUGCAAUGCGUCGUGCAGUUCGCCGAGCAGAUGCGCGACUGCCAUCAGCUCUUCGUGGACGCUCUGAAGGACUUCGGUGCCGGCGAGGGCGACGUGGCGCUGUCCGCGAUUUGCGCUGCGCUGAAGAGCAAGGUCAGUCUGGCGGCCAAGGAUGGCGAGAAGGUCGCGAAGGACUGCAAGGCGAUCUUGACCUCGGUGGAGCGGUGCGCGGAACUCGAGAAUGACCUUCUCAUCACCGCGAAGCUGAAGCAGAAGGCCGAGAUGAACGUCGAGAAGCUCAAGGGCAAGCUCGACGCGGCCAAGGCCAAGGACAAGGAGGAGAAGAUCGAGAAGGCGGAGAAGAAGCUCGGCGAGGCCGUGAGCAAGUUCGAGGAGUACGGAGACAAGCUCGCCGACCUGCGCACCGAGCGCAACAAGAUCCUGCAAGUGCUGAUGAACAAGAACCUGCUGCCCGUCGCCGAGAAGGCGGCCCACUACAUCGCCGCGUCCAUCAAGGCGUGCGGCGGCGCCAGCGUCGUCGCGGCUAAGUACAAGCACAACGCGCCUGCGCGCAAGCUCGGCAAGGUGGUUGCGGGCGAAGGCCACAUGGGCACUUUCGACACGAUGCAGACCACGCUGACGGGCCUCGGCACCGCGAUCGGCACGUUCUCCACCGCGCUCGGCAAGGCGAUGACCAACCUGCACGAGUACGCCAAGAGCUGUCAUGAGAACAAGGCGUGGGCGAACGCCGACCCCAUCGCAAAGGCCAGCGCCCUUGCAACGUUCGCCUCUACGCUCGCCAACGCCGUCAACGAGAAGGUCAAGGUCAUCAGGGACGACAGCGAUGUCAAGAUGGACCUCGGGAUGAUGGGAGAGGCUGUCAAGGAAGAACACAAGUCGGUGUUGAAGGUCCGGGCUCGGGAGAGGGAGAUCAACGAAGCCGAGGCCGCCCUCGCCGCAGCAAAGCAGAAGGCGCUCGUGUCAGCCAUCGAUCCGGAGGUCCGCGAUCGCAAGAAGCAGCUGGAGAAGCUCGAGGCCAAGGCGGAGAACGAGCGUGCCGUCUGCAGCGAUGUCGCCAAAGAGACUCGCGAGUCUGUCCGCCAGUACCUCGGGGGGGUGGUGUACAACUUCUACGCCAAGCACGCUCACGAGCUGUGGGCCCUGCUGAACGCCAUCCUGCCCUGGCUCAAGGAGCACAUCAACGACAAGCUGAGCUUCGACAACCCGAUCGCGGGCUUCGAAGCCGAGUGCAAGGCCAUCUUCAAGACUCCUGUGCCUAAGCCCAAACAGGAGGAGGCCCCCCCUGCGCCCGCUGUCAAGACGGAGGCUCCCGCUGCCAGCGAGAACAUGCACCUGCAGGCCAUGAUGGAGCGCGGCCACCAGGAGCGCGAGGACCGCAUGGAGCGCGGCCACCAGGAGCGCGAGGACCGCAUGGAGCGCGGCCACCAGGAGCGCGAGGACCGUGCUGCCAGGGAGACUGGCGACCGCCGCGACAACGCCGAGCGCAUGGCCGCCGCGGAGCGUCGCGAGGCCGCGGAGCGCCGUGAGGCCGCGGAGCGCCGCGAGGCCGCGGAGCGCCAGCAGCAGCAGUUCAUGCAGAACAUGAUGAUGAUGAACAUGAUGAACAACAACAACAACAGCAACAACGGCGCGGCGAUGAUGAUGAUGGGCCAGCCUGGCAUGAUGGGGCAGCCCGCUGCUCACCAAGUCACGGUGCCCGGCACGGUCGGUUAG